AUGGGAUAUUACUUUACUGCAGUCAGCCCGUUAUCAUUAGAGGCAUCAGCAACCAUCCGCUUAAGGAAGCGAAGAAACGUUUUGAACGACACUUCAACCGGCAUCACCAUACAUGAAGUAAGAAAAGAAAUCAGCAAACAGUUUGAACAACUUAUGCCCACAAAGUACUGUAAGUCAACUGAGAAAGUCUGUCCUGCAGGACCCCCCGGAUAUCCUGGUCCCAUUGGAGCGAGGGGACCACGUGGCAGGAGGGGACCAAAGGGAAAGAAAGGUCCUCAAGGUCCCAUGGGACCUCCUGGAAAAUCCGGAAAAACAGGAAUAACUGGUCCUGCUGGACCGAGAGGAGAAAAGGGAGAUAAAGGAGAACCUGGGCCAAAAGGCAUGCCGGGACCACCUGGAAGGCCUGGAAAAUCGCUAUCUGCUCCACAAGUGUGGCUGACGCCAGCAGAGCAGACACGAGAUGAGGGAGGAAAUACAGCAUUUUACUGCACGGUCGCCGGAAAUCCUUUCCCAGUCGUGGAAUGGCAAUUUAAGGGCAUAAAGCUUCUGUCCGGUGCGAAGUAUCUGAUUAAAGAAGGAGAGUUGAUUGUCAGAAAUCUGAAUUACCGCGAUGCUGGGUCGUACACAUGUGCUGCUAGGAACAUUCUUGGAUCGUCCGAGGCUACUGGUAACUUGUCUGUUCGAGGUGAGAGAAGCAUUUCAUUCUUCAGGUUUGUUGUAUAACAGGCCGUCAAAUUUUGUUUGUUAUAUCAGUAUGAUAUGUUACAUGUUCUUGCAAGGUAUUAAGGUUGUGAGAAUUAAACGGCGCAUAAACAUCUCUAGAAAACUAUACAAUGUGAAGACACACUGACAGAACAUUAUCCUCGCCUGACCUUUAUUUUGACACGCUUUCAGAAUUCGGUUAAGGCCUUAGUAGCCGUCAGACUACGACUUCUUGAAAAAAACCCUUCAACAGAUUUGCCAGCUAAUAACUAAUUGGUUUCACCGCUCCUUUUUUUCUGUUAUGCAAAUGAACAUUUCUUGAACAAAGUUUCCCGGAAAAGAAAACACCUAAUUUGUCAUUUUUCUCACUUGUAAUCCUUCCGAAAGGAGAACUAUUUUGAGGCUUCAGGUAUAUGAAAGGGUCGGUGUUUUACUAGUUGAAGUACAUAAUAGUGUAGGGAAAUCUAUCAUUUUGGUCUGCAAGAGGAUCUAAAAGGGCAAGCGGAAGGGUUUUAUGGAUGUGAAAUUUUCGAGAAAUUUUUCUACUUUUGUGAUUUAUUCAUAUUUUAAAGACAGUUCGUUGAUCUCCCUUCAUGCAAAGUUCUAAACUACGCGUGUGAAAGAGGCACCUUUUCUGAUAAAAAUUACAUAUGGUGUUGGACCUCGGGUGUUGGACCUCCAAGAAGUUUUAGUAUGUAAACCUGAUAAUUUUUUUUUUUUAGGUCUUCCAAUAUUCACAAAAGUUCCGCCUUUACUUGCUGCACCGGUACAAGGCACUACAUUCCAAGUAACGUGUAAAGCUGAAGGCUAUCCUCGUCCCGUAGUAACCUGGACUAGAGCAGCAAUGCCUUUACCUGCUGGAAAAACGAAAAUAAACCAAGGCACACUCACCAUUAACAACUUGAUUCCUGCCGACACCGGUUUAUACGACUGUGUAGCUACUAACAUCAUGGGAACAAAGAAAACUAGGGUCAACGUGGCAGUGCAGCGUAGCUCAGCUGCAGGUUUGUCUUAGGAUGCAAGGUCCGCACAGACAUAAAUUAAACAUUUAGUAACAUAAACAUCAGGCCCCAGUUGUUGAAAUGUUGGAUAGCGCUAUCCAUCGGAUAAAUCACUAUUCAGUGGAUAAGUAUUAGGGAAACCAAUUGCACUAUCCACUGAAUAGAGAUUUAUCCGCUGGAUAGCGCUAUCCACGUUUUGUCCCCAAAUGGCGCCUGGUGACCUUUGUUACAGGUCACAGAGAUCGCUAGACCAAGGGUUCCUGAAUCCUGUUUAAGACUACUAUAAUAGGCUUAGCUGACUCAGACUACAGUGAGAUGGCCUUUUAUUUAAUGUUAAAAAGCAGUGUUGUUGUUAAAGGCUGAAUAUGCUUGUGCUGCAAUUGUUUAAAGGGAAAAAAGGUAGGCAGCCUAUACUCGCGUCUAAGUAUAAAACCUAAAAAUUUGCUCUCCACAAAAUAAUUAAGUGACUUUUGUUAUCAAACCUCUAGUCACUUGCAAUGUUACACUUGUAGGUCCGUAGCUAGGUUUUUGUAACCCGGGGGGAAUUAUCGCGAGUGCCGAAACCACGAGCCUUUUAGGGGGUCUGAGGGUAUCCUCCCCAAGCAAAUUUUCAAAUUUGGAGGCUCCGAAACGCUAUUUUCAGCACUUUUCAUAAGAUGUGUCUCCGAAAAAUCAACCUCGAAUCAUGAAAAUGGCAAACAAUUGUCAGUCACUAUAAUCAAAAUAACUGAGUCUAAAGAAAACAAAUCCAUCCACAGGCUUGAUGUGUCUGGCUCAACAGCUCCGGGGGUGGGGGCCUUGCCCCCCCGCUAGCUACGACUCUGACUUGAUGAAGAAUUCAUUUGCUGCCGAAUUUUUAAACUGUUCUAUUUGGCUCCAACUGUGAGGGUUCUUUUGUCAAGUAGUAAAAGUCGAAUUUUUUCCUAGGUUUACACGAUUCUGUUAUUGUGGGAAACAACAAAAAUCACUUAACCUCGUUAAGGAACUGGCUUGCACCUGUCACAAAGAGCGUCAGUUCUCUCUGGAAACGCUGUUGGCGUGCAUCCGUGGACGGCUGGGCUGCGAGUACAUUUCACUCUCGAUGUGAUGGCAAGGGUCCGACUGUGACAAUAAUAAGGGUCGGGAGAUACAUUUUUGGCGGAUACACUAGUAUUUCAUGGGGUAAGUGAACAUUGCAAGCCAUGGCGGUGGUAUUAACACCUUUGGCGUACAUUGGCAUUGAUAUGUUCAGAUGAAAGUGCAGCUAAGUACUAAGCAAUAUGAAAUUAUGUAACUCUACCUUUCAUACAUGGUUAAGCAGUGGCGAACAAAGGUUCUAGGUUAAUGGAUCUAGAGGGGGGCCCAUAUCCCCUCGUUCCUCACGGGCCGAGGACCACCCCUCCUACACUCACAUGGUAUGAAUGAGCGCCCCCCCCUCCCCCAACCCCACUUCUCAAGUUCUGAUUCUGCAGAUGAUAAGUGAUGCAUUUCUAGCUUGUCAAAACGGGCCCAAAGUCCAGGCUAACACUAUUAUAAUAAUAAUAUCAUAAGUGACGGAUUACUCCUUAAUUUUGGCGCGAAAUUUCAGCGUUAAGUUGUAAUUUCACAUGUGAAAUUACAAAAUUGCCAUGGCAACCAUCCGUACGUCUCAGUGUCAAGAUGGCGAGGAAGUUUUAAAAUGCUGUGAAUGAAGAUGUCAAGGCCCAAAAAGACGCUUUAGAAAACCUGAACACACAAGAGAACAUCAAGAAGGAUUCUAACAGGUACUUUGCUGAAAAAGUCUGAGAAAUUCUGAACUUUAUAAGCCAAAUUUAACGUCUAAACAUUUGAGAGAGUGGAGUUCUCAUGAGUUCUCGAUCGAUACGAUCCAGGAUAAACAUGUCAAAAAUCCAAGAUUGCUAACGUAAUUCGUCACCUAUGAUAUUAAUAGGUAAUCAUAUGGUAUACUCGUGAAAUUAGGGAAUAAUGUCGCGCGUUUUGUCCAAAUCCUAAUAAUUUCCCGAGCCUUAAGGCGAGGGAAAUUAUUAAUUUCACUCGUCACCAUUUGAUUACACAUACUAAUUUUGAGGUUAUAAAAUAUAAAUAUUGUUCUGACUUUCUUGCCACCCUGCUAUCUUCCAUCCUUCAAUUCCCAUAUUGCAAAAGAAGCGACUAACGUCCUUCAUCGCAAGUUUUUGGUGAAAUUCGCAAAUUUUGGCAAAGAAAAAACACGCUCUUUCGACAUGUCCACGUACGUGAUACACCAAGACGAAAGUUCAUUUCACCGAUCAAGCUUUCGUAAUUUUGCCUGAGCGAAAUUUCGCGAAGAGGAUUCUUCUCUUCGGAUUCGAACGAACUUAAUAGACUGAAAUGGGUGACAGAAAUACAUAAUGUUUCAUACCUUUUCAAGGAUAAAGGCUCCUAAAACUCUUUAUUAUCUGUUUCCUUCAUUGUCUUCUUAAUACAGUACCCUUAAAAUCAAACGAAGUAUUAAUUUACCAAUAAAAGUGUAUUGCGACAUGCACCAGUUUAUGUAAAAAAGAAGCUUCUAGCUUCGGUAAGUGGUAAAAAAGACAAAAACAGAUAAAUUUGGAGAUUUGCUCCAUAAAGUUAUAAAAGAACAUAACUUAUUAAUUACUAAUUUUUUCCCAGAUCUAUUGCUUGUAAUUGCAAAUCUUUUAAAAAUAACAUCUCCCACAGGCCGGCACCUUAGCCUCGGUGAGCUUGCAGCCACAUAAAACUUUCUCCUGAGCGGACGAACCACGCUUGCCUUUAGUAUAGCUGUAUCUUUUACCAAAAUACCUGAACGUAAAUAAUAAUGCAAUAAAAUAAUAUUCAUACUAAUGAUAAUGAUGAUGAUAAUAAUAGUAAUAAUAAUAAUAAUAAUAAUAAUAAUAAUAAUAAUCAUAUGAUAAUGAUAAUAAGAAGAUAUAACGAAGAGACAAAAUUCUCUGUUACUCCGAGUUUCGUGCUCACGCACUCAUCGGACAGUAUUUAAUGGAGAGUAAACCUAUCAAGUUAUAUUUAUAACAUAACAAAAGUAAAUCGCGCGCUCUGAUUGGUCAGUUAGCCACUACCAUUUGCCCGUGGGUGCACGCCAAGAAACUGAGCUAGCACGGUAAAAUUCAGGCAAAUUCAACAAAAAUAACCGUAAAAUACACCGAUAAAAUGCACAGAUGAAAAGUGGAAGUUGAAGAAAACACUAAGCUGUCGUUUUGAAGGAAAAAAGACAAAAGAUCAAGCGACAAAUUUGCCCUGGAUGAAUUAAUCACUGUUUUCCUCGCGGCUAGAAUCGGCUGUUCAAAGGAAAAUCGAGCCAGCGAAGAUUGAAGGUACAUU